AUGCAUGUACCCGGCAUCCUCAUUCGGGCGGCCCCUUCUUCGGUCUGGUUAUCUCGUGAAACAGGUGUGUUGCUCCAGUCCGAUCGAAAACUGCCGGCCAAGCAAAACAUCGAGCAAGUUUCAUUGAAGGCUCGGUUGGCCUUUCGACCAGACUUCCGACCUCGAUUGGGCCUGCACCCAAUUCUUGGCGAUGGGCUCCUCAUCGUUACCUGCAGAGACAUCAGUUCCGUUCCCCUGGUGAUUCCGUCGAUAGUCCGCCAUCCUGCUGGCUACUGUUGCCACCACCAAACCCGAGCUGUUGUUCUUCGACUCAUUUAUUCAGGAUCCGCAUCCACCCAGCACCUUCAUGUAUGCCUACCCAGCGACAAUUCUGAUCACGACCUUUCUUACCCCCGUCAAUUCGAUUCUUAUCUUUCCGCUUUUCUUCCAGCUGUGCUCAUCAAGAGAAAGCCCAAAGAUAUCGUCGUCCAAGCAGCAACUAAACAAUUCUUAAUUUGGCGGUCUCGGGCCAGACAAAUCACCGCCACAAAAAUCAAAAUCUCGCUCAACAUCCGUGAAGAGUUUGCCCCCAGCAGUUCCCCCUGGAACCUGGCUGGAACUUGA